GGAACAAAGGGGGUGAAGGUUCACUGGGGAGUCAAAAAAAACUGCAGCCGCUAGGCGGCGCUGUUUGCGUCUCCCGUCUCCGCUCGACCGACGUGUUUGCAGAGUUGAUAUGGACAACAUGAAGAAAGAGGAGGAAGAAACGUGCGUGAAAGUCCAGGCCCGACAUUGCUCGGUGGCCUGGAAGUACUUUAUCAAAAAUGACGGCAAAGGCACUGUGUUUUGCAAACUGUGUAAGACGACUUUUAAGUUCUCCUCGAAUACAGCCAACAUGAUCAAACACCUGAGAGUGAGACAUCGACUCAACAUCCCUGCUGUCGCCAGCGGUGGAGAGAGACUGUGUGCGGAAGAGCCAGCGCACAGCAGCACCGACAUGAAUCACCAACAUCCAAGGUGUCCUGGAAAUCUCGGCCCACCAAACCUUAGAAGGAGAAUGGAGCGUUUUCUGCCCUUUUCUGAUCGGCGCACAUCAAAAGUGUGGAACCACUACACUCAACUGAGCCUGUAUCGCGUCGAGUGCAACCAUUGUAAGAGGCAGCUUUCCUUUCACAACAGCACCACUUCCAUGAGAGAACACCUAGGACGAAAACACAGCAUUUGGGAUGGAGCGGUUCCACCUCACAACACCGCAGACGACCCCGCCCCUGCACCGUUACAUCCUCACAUAAGUCAGAGCAGUUUGCACGGUAGCAAUGCUCUGAAUGCUGCUUUUCCGCCAGUGUUACCCAUCACCGUAAAAGAGGAGCAGCAAGAGAUUUCACUUCCCGAGAUGGCAGAAACCAAACCCGUUUGUGCGGUUGGAGGCAGUGCCUCUACGUCUAUCGCCCUUCCCCACCAGGACACAGAUAUGAACUGCCUAAUGUAUAAUUUUCCUUCUGGGGAGAUGAACAGCACUAGUGGAACCAGCGGUAACCGCAGUAGCACGAAAGCAUGCAGUAACAAGCGAGCGGAGGUGUUAACCGAUCUUAUCUUGGUGAUGGUAUUCAGAGACCUUCAACCAUUGUCCGUGGUGGAAGACAAGGGAUUCAGACUCUUACUGAGUUGCUUAGAGCCCAACUAUCCUGUGCCCUCUCCUUCGCUGCUUGGCAGCCUACUUUGGCAUCGCUACCAUAUUCUCAAACAGUUCCUCCAGCAGCAUCUUCAAAACAGUUUAGCUCCUCACUGUCUCACCCUCUGCGUUGAGCAUUGGCGUUCCAUAGAAGGAUGUGGGGUUGGAGGUGAUGGUCGACUGUAUGUUACGGUCAGUGCACAUUUCGUAGACUCUCAAUGGCACCUGGCACGCUGUGUGCUGGAGACCCUUCCGAUACCAGGAGUCAAAGAAAACACAAUGUCUCAAAGAGGCCAUGCAAGGUUUGCAGAUACCUUGAAGGCAGUACUGUCCGAUUUCCAGCUUCCGGAGAAUUUCGUCUUUUGCGUUGUGCACGACACACCCUGUGGAACGGAAUCCAGCAGGAACGAAAAGAACACAGCCAUCGAUUCGGAAUAUCAACAGGAAUUUGCCGGACCCAGUCAUCCACCACCCAGUAAUCUCCCAAAGGGAUGGGCGCCUCUACUUUGUGCAGGACAAGCCCUGAAACUCUGUGUCCAGGAAGGACUUUGCGUUGAAACCGUCAGACAGACUCUUGUGGAUGCCCGUGCCAUCGUCUUGCAUUUUCAGCAUGAUGCAAAUGCUGCCACGGCACUGAGCCAGAAGGCAGAGGCAGUUAACAAAGAAUCCACGUGCCUGGUUUUGAACGACCCAGGCCGUUGGACCACUGCCAUUGAGAUGUGUGAGGGUCUACUUGAGCUCAAAUGGGUAAUAAGCUCAGUAUUAGAAGAGCAAAAGGUAGCGUCAAACCUGGCAGAUCACCAGUGGCGUCUUAUACAUGAACUGGUCCCGGUGCUUAAAACGGUUCGUAUUGCAGCAUCGUUUUUGAGUGAGGACAUCAACGGCCCCAUCUCGGCCCUGAUGCCGUGUCUUCAAGGAGUAUCCCGGCUUCUUGGACAGAAAAUAGCAGAGUGCAGCUGUCCUGUAGUGAGAGGAGUUAUGGAGAGAAUUCGUGCCGGUAUGGACAAAUGCUGGAGUCUUAGCGAUGAAGAUGCUCUUUUGGACAGCCCAGCUGUACUCUCUUCGUUUCUGGACCCACGCUUUAAAGAGUUGCGCUUUCUCAGCCCACACGCCCGCAGCAAGCUACAUGACAAGGUGAAAGAGCUCCUGUCUGCUCAAGCUUACGCAAGCGAAGAGAGGAUCCAAAGCGUAGAAAUGGAAGAACCUGUGGAUGAACAAGAUGAACCUGCAGUUUUUGGAUUAGACGACCCCUUGCCUAUGCCUGCGAUAGCUUCUUUGGAUUCUCCUGAAUCGUGUGGCUCCGCAGAUGAAGGUGAUGGCUUUGAGCUGCAACCGAGCGAGCCCUCAGUUGCUAUAUCAUCUCCAGAACACGCCAACGAUUGCGCGCUUGAGGUCAACUCACCCUAUAAAGCCAUCAGUGAAAGUAAAAUACCUUCUAGUGGAACCAGGGCGAGAUCUCCACUGCGAGGAGAUUCGCAGCUUAAUUCUCGCGUACGGAUGAGUCCUCUACCGCAGAGCAUGUAUGAUAUUCUUCUGGGAGAGGACCCAACUGAACGAAUGCCCGAGAUUCACCAACAGCUGGAAAAUUACAUAGCGGAGCCCCUCUGCAGACGCAGCCUCUCGCCUCUGCAUUGGUGGCGUAACAAGGAACAUCGCUUCCCCGCUGUGGCCAGACUGGCACGAAAAUAUCUGUCCAUACCCGCAACUGCUGUUUCUGCCGAUCAGGCCUUUGCCGCCAAGGAAUCUCCGGUGACCCAAAGAAGGGCCACUUUGGGAUCUAAACACCUUGACCAUAUUUUAUUUCUUCAUCAGAACACCGAUUAUGCAGAUCUGUUAAAAGUUGGGCCAUCCAGACGAGAAACUGACCAAAGGAACAGUGUCAGUGUAAAUCAAAGCAGAGACAGUCUUUACCAGACUCUAGUGUCAUAUGAAAGUAAAGUUCGUGUGCCUGAGGACUCGUGAUCGUGGUUAUAAAUGUAUACACUGUGUAAUAUAUACUUGCAAAUGUGCAUUUGAACUACAUAAUCAGAAAUGAUCCUGAAUGACCAAUAUUGGUUUUUACUUACACUAUAGACCUGUAGAGUAAAUAGUAAAUGAUAAACUCU